UUGGAACUCGGCAAGGAGGACCAGACUUUGCACAGUGGCGGAAGUGACGACAUUCUAGCUCCAUCCUGCCAAGGUUUGUGUUAAUUGCACGGUAGCUGCGCAUCAACCCAGGAAUACAUUUUUACUGCCAGACCAUGGAAGUUGACUGCAACCCGAUGGAAUUGCCCAUUAACCCCAUCUACGACCAAGAUCCUGAAUUCAACGAUCUGGAAGGGACCGAAGUGAAAGACAUGAGGCUGGAGGCUGAAGCCAUCGUAAACGACGUCUUGUUUGCCGUCGGGAACAUGUUUGUCUCCAAAAACCUGCCGUGCGCGGAGGACGUGGCCUACAUCAACGUGGAGAUAAAGGAAGGAACCAGAUACUGUCUUGAGCUCACGGAAGCCGGCUUAAGGGUGGUUGGCUACUCCUUCGAUCAGGUGGACGAAGAGUCUCGCAAUCCCUACCAUGAAACUGUUUACUCAUUGCUGGACACCCUCAGCCCGGCGUACCGAGAGGCGUUCGGAACCGCCCUACUCCGGCGGCUGGAAGCUCUCAAAAGAGAUGGACGGUCUUGAUUGCUUAAGCAACUUGAUCCAAAGUAUCCGUCCUGGAUUUUGGAAGCUUGCCAUUCGUUCCUCCGCAUUCUGCUGGGUGCCGGCAUGUUUGUGAUUUGCUCUAGUGCGUCUUGGCGCUCUCAAAGAUUUAAAUGCUUUUUACUGUCUUUUCUGGUUUUUUCACUAAAGUGGGAAUCUGCGGGACUUUUGCGGUCUCAGCUUGCCAACCCUGGUAAGUUUUUCAUCUACAUGAUGCCUAGUUUAGUCAGUUAGGACAUUAACUAUGCAUUAUGCGGGGCCGAGCCUCUCGCAGGAGACGCUGAAUGGGCUCGACCUGUCAUACUGCAUUGCUGAAACCGCAGAUGUCUCCCGGACCCGCUUUAGUUAAUAAACCCCCUUUUGGUGUGUC